UGUUAAAUUUUGUGUAUGCAUGUAUGUGUUAUUGUGUAAAAUGUGUAUUAGUUAUUGCCAUACAUUGAGUGACACUUAGUUCCCGUUUGAAAUUUAAGACAAACGAUUAAUCUUUUAAUCGUUUGUGUUAAAUUUUGAAUUGUCCGAUUGGACAGUUUGAGAAAAUUAAUUUUCAUAAUUUGCAAUACCAUGUCAAUUGGAGUUUAAGGAUAAGAUUGAUGAAAUUUCGGUUCAGUACUUGUGUUGUUCUCCGGAUGCAAAUUUGAUUGUGGUCAUCGUUGACUACUCUCAUUUCGUGUAUUUUGGAGACCAAUGCGAAAUGCUGCCGAAAUUGUAUCAAUUUUAUGACGUAGACUUCAAUGCACGUGGCUGAGCAAAUUAUGAAAAUUAAUUUUUUUGAAUGGGUAGGGCCUAACCUUGUGAGAGUUAAAACACUUGAACUGAUGAUUUUACGAACAUAGUAUGGAUCGAAGAUGGAUGAACGAACGUCGCAUGAGUGAAGAAUAUGACAAGGGUGUUUCGCAGUUCUUGCAAUAUGUUGAACAAAAUGCUAAGUCUGUCAACGGGACAUAUUUUUGUCCUUGUGUGCGUUGUCUUAAUCAAAUACGCCAAGACUUAGGCAAUGUGCGUGACCAUCUAUUCAUGUACGGCAUAAUGAGGACUUAUACCGUUUGGACUUGGCAUGGAGAAGUACUUGAGCAGCCUACCACGUCACGAGGAACAAAUUAUGUGGAAGAAUGGAUGAGUGACCAUUUAGAGGACAUGAUACGCGAUGUCGGUGAAGAUAAUUUUGGACGGGCUAAUUUGUAUGAUACUCUUAUUAAUGAUUCAGAGCAACCGUUGUUCCCAGGAUGCUCAAACUUUACACGCUUGUCUUCAACUUUAAAGUUGUUUAGUUUAAAAGCAAGGAAUGGAUGGACCGAUAAAAGUUUCACCGAGUUGUUGGAGUUGUUGAAGGAGAUGCUUCCAGAAAAUAAUACUCUACCUAUUCGUAAUUACGAGGCCAAAAAAAUUUUAUGUCCAAUGGGUCUUGAAUAUCAAAAGAUACAUGUUUGUCCUAAUGAUUGUGUUUUGUACACAAAGGAGUUUGCUUCGUUAAACUAUUGUCCAACAUGUGGUCUAUCCCGUUUUAAAAAGAAAUCUGACAGAGUCACUGGUAAUGAAGGUAAUGAUGGUGCACCUGCUAAGGUGAUGUGGUAUUUGCCUAUAAUACCUAGGUUCAAACGUAUGUUCUCUGUUAAAGAAGAUGCAAAGAACCUUAAAUGGCACUCUGACGAAAGAAAGUGCGAUAAUCUUCUUCGACACCCUGCUGAUUCUCCACAAUGGAAAAAGAUUGAUGACAAAUUCCCUGAAUUUGGUGCAGAUCCAAGAAACUUAAGGCUUGCACUUGCAACUGAUGGUAUGAAUCCUUAUGGAAACUUAAGUAGCAAACACAGUUCGUGGCCAGUUAUGUUGAUGAUUUACAAUCUUUCUCCUUCGUUGUGCAUGAAGAGAAAAUAUGUGAUGUUGACCAUGAUGAUAUCGGGUCCUAGACAACCUGGAAAUGACAUUGAUGUUUACUUAGCACCUUUAAUUGAUGAUUUGAAAUUGAUGUGGGACGAAGGCAUCGACGUGUUUGAUUCACAUGUUCAGGAACAAUUCCGUUUGCGUGCAAUGUUGUUUUGCACUAUAAAUGAUUUCCCAGCAUAUGGAAACUUGAGCGGUUAUAGUGUUAAAGGUCAUUUUGCAUGUCCCAUAUGUGAACAAAACACUAGUUACCUUCAGUUGAAGCAUGGUCAGAAGACAGUAUAUACAAGACAUCGAAAAUUUCUUCCUCGUAAUCAUCCUUAUCGUAGAUUGAAAAAAGCAUUUAAUGGAAGUGCUGAGGAUGAGGUUGUGUGCAGACCCCGGAAUGGUCAAGAGGUGUACAACGAAGUCAAAAACAUUGACAUUGUGUUUGGAAAACAUCAUAAAAGUACCUCUGCAAAGAACAUUUGGAAGAAACGAUCGAUAUUUUUUAAGCUUCCAUAUUGGUGUGAACUUGAUGUUAGACAUUGUAUUGAUGUGAUGCACGUUGAAAAAAAUGUUUGUGACAGUGUCAUCGGAACUUUAUUAAACGUCAAAGGGAAGAGCAAAGACGGAAUAAAGGCAAGACAAGAUUUGGCUGACAUGGGAAUCCGAUCUGAGUUACAUCCACAGAUAAUAGGAAGACGCACCUAUCUGCCCCCAGCCUGUCACACACUUUCCAAAAAAGAAAAACAAAGUUUUUGUAACUGUUUAAGAAGUGUGAAGGUUCCGCAAGGUUAUUCUUCAAAUAUUAGUAACCUUGUGUCUAUGCAAGACUUAAAGCUAGUUGGUUUAAAGUCUCACGAUUGUCAUGUAUUGAUGCAACAAUUGUUACCGGUUCUUAUUCGAGGCAUAUUACCUCCUUCUGUUAGGGGUAUUCUGACACGUCUGAGUUUUUUCUUUAAUGCCAUUUGCAAGAAAGUUGUUGACCCUCGAGGUUUAUAUGAAUUGGAAAAUGAGGGAAUAAGACUACUAUGUCAAUUGGAGAUGUAUUUUCCACCUUCCUUUUUUGACAUCAUGGUACAUUUGAUUGUUCAUCUAGUCAGAGAAAUUCGAAUAUGUGGGCCGGUCUUCUUAAGGUGGAUGUACCCAGUUGAAAGAUACAUGAAGAUCUUAAAGGGAUAUGUCAAGAAUCAGUAUAGACCAGAAGCUUCAAUCAUAGAGCGAUACGUUGCAGAAGAAGCCAUUGAAUUUUGUUCAAGUUAUAUGCCAUCUUGUGAACCCGUCGGUCUUCCCAAGAGCAAAAACGAAGGAAAAUGUGAAGGUAAAGGUGUUCGAGGUGUGACAAUUCAAAGUGUUAGUAGAAAACAAAUUGACCAAGCUCAUUUGUACGUCUUAAACAACACUGUUGAUGUGAUUCCUUACAUUUCUGACCACGUUAAUGAAGUAAAGGCAGCAAACCCAAAAAUGAGUGAAAAAUGGCAUCUUAAUGAAAAUCCAUCUCAUCAUUAUACCUUCACAGAGGAGGAUUGGAUGCAGUUUCGUGCAUCUAGAGAGUCUGAAGAAUGGAAGGAUAAAAGGUUAGCCGCCCAAGAAAGACAAAGGCUAAACGACACACCCCACUUGUUAUCACGAGGUGGAUAUGCAAAACUGGAGAAGAAACUGAGAAAGUCUAGAGCCGAUGCCUUGGGACUUGAGUCGCCUGACCUAGCACCUACACCUGCUAGGUACGAGCUGUGGAAGGCUGCUCGGACUAAAUCUGAUGGGAACAUGACAUCUUCCUCAGCUGCCUUGAUCUCACAGAGAAUUGAUGAGUUGGUUGAGCAGCAGACUCAGGGGACAUUUGCUGGCCAAGGUAGGGACGACAUACUGACAACGGCCAUUGGAAGGCCCGAGCACCCAGGACGUGUACGUGGAGUUCCAGGGGCGAUUGGUCUUCGUGACUAUUUUGGCCCUACACAGAAAACCCCCCAAUCAAUGAGUCAGGAGACACUGAGGCAGAUGGAUCUUCAGUGGGAGGAAAGACUCAACCAAAGCAUGAGAUCAAUGGAGCAACGAUUCAUGGAGCAGCUACAUGAACAAAAACAAAUACAAAGAGCGCUUGAAGAAAAGCUGCAUUCCAUGACGCAAGGCAACAUGGGGGCCGAUGAAACUCCUACAACACCUCGUGUCAGCACUAGAGGAUCAUGCUCUGCUGUAGAACCCAAUGAGUAUAGCGGUCAAUAUGAGCUGUUGGUUGAUGGGGAUCCCCCACGCAUUGUGGCUGUCGGACGAGUGCUUGAGGGAGGGGAGACCAUUCAUGGUGUUGCCAUAUUACCCCAGCACGUGCGUGUGACCAUUGACGAGGUUCGGGAUCCCCAGGCUCAGGUGCCUGUACCCACUCCAGAAAUUAACUUUGUGGGGGAGGCCAUAGGAACAUUUAUUGCCUGGCCUAGAGCAUUGAUCAUGUCCCACAUCGCGACUCCACAGUUCACACGUCCUCAGAAGCAGCCAAUUCAUGAUACAGUCAUACAUGAAGAUGAUGACAUGGCUGAAGCAGAGGAUGAUCCUAUAUCAAAGUUAGUGACAAAAUUACCCAGAUUGAAGAAAGCAUCAUUAGAACUAUACUGGGAUUUGAGGGUAUUUGGUCUUCCCCCACAUGUGCCAGUUUAUAUCACAUUUUCUGAUGCAUUGGAGGUGAUUGAGGGAGACAGGAUGUUGAAUAUUUCCAUCAUUCAGUUGUGGUGCAUGUACAUGGACACAAUCGUUGUAGACCAAGGUCGGUCUUCCAUGUACGGAUUUGUUGAACCUCAGACCAUUCAACCGUCUGGUAACACACUUCAAAACAGACAACAUUAUUUGCAAACAUGGAUGGAUGAGUCCAAAAGAGACAUAUACCUUGUGCCAUACAUUGACGGGUCUCACUGGCAGAUGAUGGUUAUCAUUCCCAAACAAUGUAAAAUUAUAUGGUUUUGUUCGUUGCACAGGAAGAUGAAAAAUGACUUGAGAACCAUGCUUCAAGGAGUUAUUGGUAAAUCUCGUGGUCAAUUGGUUCAAAUUUUGUAUCCAAAGUGUAACCAGCAGGUAGAUUCAUGGGAAUGUGGCUUCUAUGUGAUGUGUUGGAUUAAGACCAUCAUUCGAGCUGUCAUUACAGAUGACUGGAAUGAGCGCUUCAAGACUACAUCGCCUAUUGCAGAGGACACAAUUAACCAGAUAAGGCAGGAGUGGACCGCUUAUCUUCUACAAAGAUGGAGUUAGGAAUAGUUAUAUUUCUUCUUGAUUGAACAUUGUUUGGUUUUAGUUUUAUUUUUAUGUUAAUAGUUUGGUAGUGGAUUGAACAUUAAGUAGAAUUUUGUUUAUAUAAAACGCAUAUUUAUGUUAUUGGAGAAUUGUUC